UGAGGUAAUCUCUUGUCACAACUCACAACUCGAAAAAGAAAAAUCACUCAUUUUUCUCAGCUCUUUCUUCAUCAAACAUACUUGGAGACAUUUAGAGUAUAUACUUAUUAACAGAUCUUUGAAUUUUCGGUUUUCUCUGAAUAAUCUCUCUGUCUAUAGAUACUGUGAAGUAAGAAUCGAUUUAGCAAAAAAAAAUGGCAUUGGGGAAGAAGAGAAUAGUUACCCAGAAGUCGAACUUGAAGCAACGUCGUGGUGUGGAAGAAGGAGGAUUAGGAAUAGAGUUAGAGUUGGUUCAGUACAAGAGAGGUUUCGGGAGGAAGAGGGUUCUCAUUUCAGAGACUAGAGAUUCGGUUUUCACUUCACCUGUUGGAACAAUCUCAUCGAAGAAGCUCUGUGAUAAAACUUUGGGUACAGGUGGUCAAAGCCGAGAGCUUGAAGAUCUUCCUCUAGAUAUUCUGGUGAAGAUUAUCUGUGGGGUCGAGCAUGAAGACUUGAAACAACUGUUUCAUGUGUCAAAGACUAUAAGAGAAGCAACAUUAAUAGCGAAGCAGUCACAUUUCGCGUAUAGUACACCUCGGAAAACUUUGGUUUUCCAACUUGGCAGAUACGGUUUAGACAAACCGUUUGAUUUUGGCGAGGACAAGAUCGAAGCUCCAGCAGCCCCAUUGCAGAAAAGGUAUAGGCGGAUAAACCGCAACGAGGACAACUCUGGAGUCUCAGUGGCUCUAUUCAACUGAAUCAAACAACUUGGUUAGAGGCUAUCGACUUUGUUUCUUCAUGAUCCUUGAUUGAAGAAAAAGGAGUUUUAAGUUAUGUUCUUAUGUUUUGGUUUGGAUAAGUCUCUGUAAAUUCUUGUUAGAUAAAAAGAGCGAUAGAGUCUUGGAAAGGCAAGCUUGUUUAGAAGGUGGUAGAUAAUGGGAUUAAAACUUUUGUGUGUUAUGUAAUGUAAAUAUAGUUUAUUUGGAUUUAUUUAUUAAAUGAACUAAUAAGAUAUGAAAUAUUUUAUUUCAUCA